UUCUCGGCGGCUUACCAUACUUGACCUUUACCGUACGGGACUCAAUUGCCCCCGGACGCGACCGGGAAUCGCAGUCGGUUAUCUCUCUUAUCUGCCCUUCCUUCGCCCCCGCUCUGUCUUCUGCCUCUGUCCCUUUGGUGCUUGUUCGUUCCUCCUACCCCCAGUCGCAGCUGCCUAUACAUCCUCCGUGUCGUUCAGGGUUGUAGAUAUCAUCGCCUAAGGCUGCGACGCCCCCUGUGUGCUGAGCCUUCCGCAAUCUGCACUACUGCCUUUCACCCUUUCUCGGUCUGUGCUUCCGCUAUCACGAUCCAAUCGAUACGCGUUGCGCUCCCGCGAUGGCGAUUCACCCCAGCUUUCCGUCCGAGGCAGACCCUAGAGGCAACCUGUCGCCGCAGCAGGCCCGAGCCAUUUCGGCUUGGACAGAGCAGGCUGCUGCCUCUUUGGAGAAUCUGACCAUCUCGGAGCCAGUCUCGUCCAGCAAUCGAAUCGUCUCCUUGUCGCAAUCCACACCUACGCGGACAUCCUUGCGCGGGGCCACGGUAUCUCUGUCGAUUCCGCUGGACGAUCCAGUACCAACGACAGAAAGCGCGUCUGCGGCUCGCGUCAAACUCUGGGGUCAGCCUGCGAAGGAGGUUCAACAGGUGACGUCUGUCAGUUUUCGUCGCCGAGAGCCUGUUAGACGCGACAGUCUUAAGAGGCGCGAGGCGCUUCUGAAGGGGAAGGACGGCAGUCGCCGCAGACAGCGUUGGGAGAAUGAUCGUCUCUUGCACAAUCCCUGGGCUGAACCGCCUUCGUCCAAGGACUGGAGUAUCCAGCCGACCUACACCCGGCACAAUCCCAUGCCAUAUUAUCUCGCACCGCUGUGGGAUUCUCAUUAUGCGCAGCUGGAUCACAACUCCAAACACACCAGCGCUGGCGCGGGAAAUGAGAAACACCGCGUGCCGAAGGAGCUGCGUCUGAAGCUCAAGCACGCACGUGGCGCACGGGGUAUGCUUCAGGACCUGGAAGAGGACAUCAGACAGUUCAUCCAACGGUGGAGUGAGAAACAGCUUUUGCUUCAGAAAGAGGGGCUGGCAGAUGCUCCUCAGUCGUCUGAUGAGGAUGACUCUGAGGACGAGGUUGUAUUUGUGGGUCGUAACGGACUGAUGCAUGAUUCGCCUCAACGGAAGGCGAAGUUGCAGCAGAUGCGGGAGGCGAUGAGCUCUCAGAACGAGCGCGACGGUGAGAAAAUGGUAUUCGAAAGUCUGGUCGACGAUCGGGGCGCCGGGUUUGGUCGUUGGCUUGUCCACUCGAUUGCAUCGUAUUAUGGGUUGCACACGUGGUCUGUCACCGUGGGUGAGCCUGCUCGUCGCGAGGCUUAUGUUGGCUUUCGUCCGCCGGCACCACAAAGCCGACCCGGACUUGCUUCUCAAACGGCCGGAUUCGGAAGCUGCCGCCGCGAAGCCAUGAUCCAGCCUGGGGAUGAACUCCCAAGGCCGCUGUGGGCCCAGGUUUAAAACUAUCCCGGGCGGGUCAGAUGGCACGAUCCUAGUCUGGAGUGGUCUCUGAGGCAUAUAGGGCCAGGGCUUGGUUGGACUAUCUAGAUCUUUCACGUAAGGCUGUAAAUAGUUUGAUUGUCGGCAGGGUGUAAUAUCCCAUGUAAUAACCGUGUACGAGCAGCGAUCAUUUUUUGUCUUUCGCCAUCGGCAUUGAUUCCUCGGCGGGUGCUACGACUACGCCUGAACCGAGAUUUGGAGUAAGGAGCGACAAUAAAUCGAAAUGGUUUGCUCUUUCAAUCGAUGUCGUCGCCAUCAGUCGAUAUGGCGCAGAAGUGAGGUUGAAGGAUCCUUUGUAGCCUAAGAUACCCAGCGCGGGAACUUUGACGACGAGCCGAUCAAAAGCAAACCAAUAUGUUGUCAGUCCCGGUGGGCGAAAGUUGCUCACUCACCUGGCAGGCCGACAAGAAGCGCACAUGGAACUUCAUCUCCACCGGCCA